UUACUGCAGAUGAACUGUUCGUUGAAAUGUCUCUUUGUUCCCAUCUCCUACGUUAUGGCCCAUGUGGUAACUUUUCUUUGACUCAAUACUCUGUUUCCAUUUUCAAGUUUCUUCCCACAAGUCAUAACAAUAUGAAUAGAAUAAUAUUCUAAGAUGUUAAGAGUCAUGUAAAAGAUAAAGAAUAUAUAUUUCUUGCCAAUGGGGCCAUGUGAUUCAUGAAAGAACUGUGGAGAGACGGUCAACAACUCCGACUUGUUUGUUCUAUAUACAUCCACACAUUAUUCAACAAAUAUUCCUUUUCCUUCUUCCUUAUUAUUAAUCAUCCCAUUCCAUCUUUAGUGGUUAAAAUUCAUGGAUAUUGAAUAGAACCAUCAGCUAAUCUAAUACAAAUACAAUAUAGGUUACUUUAUUUUUUAGAGGCAAAAACGCUUUUGUCACUUUGUCUAUUUUGACUUGUAUAAUAUAUGUAGAUCUUUUUUUUUUUUAAUUGUAUUGCCGAUUUGGUUGGAAAUUAGACGACUCGUAGGGUCUUUUGUACACACUGGUGACUGGCUUUUUUGACACGAGUCGACUCUCCUUCUCACCACCAUUUCCGUGAACACAUGAGCCAAUACCCAACUUUUCUUCCUGAUUUGAAACCCACCACGCUUAAUUUGUUCCCUUUCAAUGUUAAAAGCUUCCUCCUUGCUGAAAGAUAGUGGAAGUUUCGCAAGUUUUAUUGUUUCCCAUGUCAUCUUACAGGUGAAGAAUGUCCUCAGAUUUUUGAGGCUAUCUCUGUUUAAAAGUUAAACCUGAAGUUUUAUUUAUUAUUUAUUAUUAUAGGUUUUGAUGAGCAAUGCGGUUUCUGCUUCGAUCAGUUGAAAGCAUUUCCUUUAAGUCCUCUGUUUUCUAGUUAUCCUGUGAGCUACUUAGGAGAAAAGGUCAGCUUUGUGGUUGGUAACUUUGAGACAAAUGGGAUUUGGAGUUGGUAGUAGAAUGUUGGAUUUGAGGAUGGCACAAACCCACAAGCGUUCAAAGAGUGCCAGCUUUCCAGAAAAGAAAAGUGCGGAGGGAGAUAAACUUUCCGAUUCUUCUUUUGAAGCCUCUCAACGCAUCAAACUGAUUGAUCAGCUCGAGACAAGACUACAGGAUCAGUUUAAGGUUCGUUGUGCAUUAGAGAAGGCGUUAGGUUAUGGAACAGCUUCUUCGUACAUGCUGACUGAAACAAACGACAUUCCCAUGCCCAAGCCAGCUAUUGAUUUGAUCAAAGACAUUGCGGUUCUGGAGAUGGAAGUUAUUCAUUUGGAACAGUAUCUUCUUUCGUUAUAUCGAAAAGCCUUUGACCAGCGAAUCUCUUCUGUAACCCCGAAUUCGGAGAAAAAGAAGAAGAAGCCAAAGUCUCCUCCUGUAACAACCCCUACAAGGCGUCUAGUCUUUUGUGAAGAAGAUGAUACCCCAUCGAAAACAGAUCCUCUGCUUCCUGCAGGUUGCAGAGACCAAACGGAGUCCAGUUUUCACCGUAGCCACUCCCAGCGUUCUUCAGCAUUUAAGUUUAAGAAAGCUUCUCCAGAAGAUUCAUGGGGUAAAGCCAUCCGCUCAUGUCACUCCCAACCGCUGUAUGUGCACAAUGGAGAGAAUCUGAUCAGUCUAGCUGAACAUCUUGGCACCCGAAUCUCAGAUCAUGUUGCAGAGACACCCAACAAGCUGUCUGAAGGAAUGGUCAAGUGUAUGUCAGAGAUAUACUGCAAGCUUGCUGAGCCUCCUUCUGUACUUCUACAUCAACGAGGUUCAUCGCCAGACUCGUCUUUAUCAUCGCCCUCUGACCAAUACGAUACAUCUAGCCCUGGAUUGGGAAACAGCUCCUCUUUCGGUGAUUCUUUCCGUGUAGAAGGAGAGAAGGGCUUUAGUGGACAAUACAGCUCCAUGGUUGAAGUGCUUUGCAUUUACAGAGACGCCAAAAAGGCCAGUGAGGUCGAAGAUCUUCUGCAGAACUUCAAGUCGCUUAUCAGUAGGUUGGAGGAAGUCGAUCCAAGUAAGUUGAAACAUGAGGAGAAGCUGGCGUUCUGGAUAAAUGUGCACAAUGCACUUGUGAUGCAUGCCUUCUUAGCUUAUGGGAUUCCACAGAACAAUGUGAAGAGAGUAUUGCUGCUACUCAAGGCUGCAUAUAAUGUUGGUGGACACACGGUCACCGCGGAAGCAAUACAAAGCUCAAUUCUUGGAUGCAAAAUGUCUCAUCCUGGACAGUGGCUUAGACUACUAUUUGCUUCAAAGAAGUUCAAAACAGGAGAUGAGAGAUUAGCUUACGCAAUCGAUCACCCCGAACCUCUCCUACAUUUUGCACUUACUUCAGGCAGCCACUCCGAUCCCCCGGUGCGUGUAUAUACACCAAAGGGAAUCCAGCUAGAGCUAGAAACCUCGAAAGAAGACCACAUAAGAAUGAACUUUAGCAUACGCAAUCAGAAAGUCCAACUGCCAAAGCUUGUGGAGACCUUUGCAAAAGAGUCCGGUUUAUGUCCGGCGGGUUUGACGGAGAUGGUUAACCGGAGUAUACCGGAAUCUUCAAGAACAUGUUUUAAAUCACGCAAGGCCAUUGAUUGGAUCCCACACAGCUUUACAUUCAGAUAUCUUAUUCUUAGAGAAGCUGCCAAAUGAAAAAUUAUUCUUUCAUAUAAUGUGUGUAUAUAAAAAAGAUCGUUGUUGUGUCCCCAUUUUCUAAUUAUAAUAGUGUUGUGUUUUGUCUUGAUGAGUGGAUCUUGUCUCUUGACAGUUACUUGUCAUUAAAAAUAUCCCAUUGUAAUUCAGAGCUUGCA